AUGGCAAGCAAAGGACCCACUACUUCUACAUCAACAAAGAACUCCAGUACUGGAGGGACCAGUGGCAGCAGUAGCAGUAAUGGUGCUGGGGACAACGCCAAUCAGGACAACACUUUUGAAUGUAACAUCUGUUUAGACACUGCCAAGGAUGCAGUUAUCAGCUUGUGUGGACAUCUUUUCUGUUGGCCUUGUUUACACCAGGGAUUCCAGGGCUUUGGAUUUGGUGAUGGUGGCUUCCAAAUGUCAUUCGGAAUUGGGGCGUUUCCCUUUGGUAUAUUUGCAACAGCAUUCAACAUAAAUGAUGGGCGACCUCCUCCAGCUGUUCCAGGGACUCCUCAAUAUGUGGAUGAGCAGUUCCUAUCCCGCCUCUUCCUAUUUGUGGCUCUGGUGAUAAUGUUCUGGCUGUUGAUUGCAUAAAUCUUUUCCAUUAUUCUGUAUAUUCAUGGCCAACAAGGCCACUGAAACAGUUACAAACUGCAUCCCCAUCCCAUUUUAAACCUCUUGGUGUCUGGUUCCGUAGCUAACUAUGGGCUUCAGGAAUUGGUGGUACCACAGCACAAUGAGGAAUCUCGCAUUUUGCGCCAGAGUUGGAAAUUAAACAUUGGUUAAAAAGUGUAUUUCAGCUCAGCUGUCUUGUACAACAGGUUCCUGCCACAAACCAUGAGCCAAGUUUUGCGCUCUGCUCCUAAAAGGAGUGCUGCUUUGAAAUCCUGUGCCAAUCAGUGACACCAGGUUUAUGUGAAAGACAGUUGCCCCAAGGUAGACUGGGCAGGCAAGGAAACUUCUGCAGUGUGAUCAGUAUCUCAUGCUUGGCAACCACGAUGGAUCUGCCAGAGCUGCGGAUGUUAUUUAAUGUCUUCACAUCAACAUCCAACCUUCUUCAGGAAAUCAUCUGCAGCACUGCUGAGACUCUUUGGGCACAGCACGUGAUGCAAAUGGAACCAGGUUUGGAGACUGGUUUCUUUUCUUGGUGUUAUUUCCCGGCAUGAUGGAAAACCCCUCCUGAAGCGGUUCUAAUGGCUGUUAGAAGAAGGGAUACACAUUUAUGCUGCAAUUUUUAAAAGCCUGAAUUUGCUGGAGCCAGACACUGGAAGAUUCUUUGGUGGAGC